CCUCUUCACCAUCUCUGCGAAGAGGAACCAUAUCUUCUCAUCCUUCUUUUGAAUGCCUCUAGAAGAGAUUUAAAGCCUCGAAUGUUUCCUACUCCUCGGCUUUCCACUUAUGGAGAACUUUGCCAUACAUUUAAAACAAAACCUAUAAAAGUAGCAAGAAGAAGUUAA